CAGCCGCCGCAGCCGCCGCCGCCGUCGCGCACUGAGCGCCGCGAUGGGGCUGGAGACCGAGAAAGCAGACGUCCAGCUCUUCAUGGACGACGAUGCCUACAGCCGCCAUAGCGGCGUCGACUACGCGGACCUGGAUAAGUUCGCGGACUCGGCCUCCGAUCGGGAUCCCCACCGACUCAACUCGCAUCUCAAGGUGGCCUUCGAGGAUGUGAUUGCAGAGCCGGUGUCUACACACUCCUUUGACAAAGUGUGGAUUUGCAGCCAUGCCCUCUUUGAAAUCAGCAAAUACGUGAUCUACAAGUUCCUGACAUUUUUCCUGGCUAUCCCCAUGGCCUUCGCUGCAGGAAUUCUCUUUGCCAUCCUCAGCUGUCUGCACAUCUGGAUUAUAAUGCCUUUUGUAAAGACCUGCCUAAUGGUCCUGCCUUCGGUGCAGACAAUAUGGAAGACUAUAACAGAUGUUGUCAUUGCCCCAUUGUGUACAAGUGUAGGACGCAGCUUCUCUUCUAUCAGCUUGCAACUGAGUCACGACUAAACACUUGGACCCCAGGUCUGGGGAUUUGGAUACUGUAAUACUUCUUGACUGUCAUAAUGUAAAAGCACUACUGUUCUGUUCUAAGUGUUCCCAACUGUUCUAAUUAAGAAAAUUUUUAAGAUUGGGCAACCACAUGUAGAAAUGUUUAUUGGCAGAUCUUUUCAAAUAAUGCUUUUCUAAUUAAUAGUCAAGGAUUUAAUAUAUAACUUUAGAGCCAGAAUUAUACAGUAGGUUGGCAACACUUAAAGACAGUUUUUACUUUAGUACAAAAGUAUACAUUUUAUAAUGAUGAAUUUAUAAAGAUCAAGAGACAUUUCUCGAACACUUUAAUUUUUUUGCACAACUGCCUGUAAAAAUAUGGAAUUUCUUAUUUUUUUACUCUGAAAGUAAUACUUUUAAAAUUACCUUUGCAGAUAAAGUCCUGGGAAUACUUACAGAAAAAAAAUACAAAGAUCCUAGAAAUUAUAGUAACAAAAGCAUGCAGUGGUGAUAGGAGCUAUGAAAUAUAAUAGGACAAAUAAAUGUGAAAAUAGAUUCAUGAACAUGUGUACCUUUAAAUAAGAUAUUGUUAACCUACAGAUCUAUUUAAUAAGAUGUUUCAUUUUACUGUAUAUUUUGUACUUAAUGUAAAUUUUGCUCUAAUCAGAUUGCUUUUAAGUACUUUUAUUGUACUUGUUAUCUUUUUGAACUAAUAUAUAGAAUGGUAAAUGUCUCUUUCAUGGGGUACUUCUUGGUGAGAUUGCACUGUCUUGAUAAUGUAAGCACAUAUAUCUUGUUUGGGAAUAGAAUGUAAAAGAGCAAUAUACAAGGCUUUUCUAACUUUUCCAGGCAAAAUCCUAAAAUGUUUUAUGACUGAACUUUCCUGGCUGUGACCUUAAAAAUAAUCCAAAUCUAAUUGGUAUUUCAUCUGGGAGAUGCUUUCUCUCUUAUAGUUAGAAAUUAAACUUGCAUUCUGCAUUCCUGUUAAUGUCUCACUUUACCUUCAAGUAAUACUGGUGCUAAUUAAUAACAUUUUACAUAAAGGCUAUUUCUGACAUUCAAGUACUAUUUCAACUACAGUGAUUCGUGGAGAUACACUAAUAGGAAAGUUGUCAAUUUGUUGGGCCCAUGCUAUUUAGCUACAUAAUAUAUGUAAGAGACUAACAGAUACAGACUUUCAUGAUGUAGUCUGAUACGGGAUUUGUUACACAGUAUAAAAUUAUUCUUACCACUUUUGAGUUGUAGAGUCCUAUUUCAAUGUUAUGAGUCACUGUUAUUUUAAAAAUCUCAUUAUUCCAAAAUGAUAGGCAUAUACAAAAGAUGUCUAUGAUGUAAGUGGUUACUAUAAUUUACAUAUCUUAAGUGUAUAAAUGCUCAAAUUUUAAGAAUUAUUAUCAGAACCUGAAUUAACAUUCCUUUAAGUAUCUAUCUUCGUAGAUGAAGGAUGAUUUAACUGGAAUACUCUUGGGGGCCAGAGUAAACAAAUGAUUAAACUAUGAAAUUCCUAUCCUUUUGAAGAUAACUACAAAAGAGAUUUCAAAAUUGCCACUAGGACAUUGUAGCAUUCUUAGAAAAGAUUCUCAUGAUCAUUACCUUAAAACAUUACCAUUCAUUUGACUACAUAGAUUUUAUUAUGUUACUUAAAAAGAUCAAUCUCAUUACUUUAUAGUUAUACUAUAAACUAUACAACUAUAUAGUUGUAUUUAAAGUGUUUUUUAAAAUAUGUGGAUAUGCUGAUUGACAAAAGUAUUUGAUUAAUAAAAUAUGCAUUUAAAUAAGUUAUAAGUUUAAAUAAAAAAUAUCUUUUCAAAUAGCUGUUGAUAAGUUUUAAAGCCAAAAUAUAUAGCAAACCUUUUAACUUUUAACAAGUGAGAUGUAUGAUUUCCUUAUUUCUGAAUUGCAUUGAUUAUUCACCAAAAUGAAUUUUUAUUGAGAUUUACCAUGAACUAUUUUAUUUCAAAGACUGAAAUUUUGUACCAAGUGGAUCCAGGUUUCAUAUGCAAAUAUGUUGGUUCUUUUAUUUGGGGGUGGGGCAAAUAGAUGAUGAGUAUCUAUAAUAAACUUUCUAAAAAC